AUGCUGUCAAGACGGGUUAUCCUGAAGUUUCUUGGGAAGACAUCUUCAAGGAGGAACGCUUCCAACAUUUGGCCUUCGCGAAUCACAAAUCCCGAGUACAGUGAGAGGCGGCAACGACUGUUAGAGAAACUUAUCAGCACCUUGAAACCAGGGGGUUUUGUUUCGAGAGCUUCAAUUGAUUCAUUCACGAGACUUCAGAGAAAAACGUUUUGGUUGUUUUGAAGGGCGCGGAAAGAUUUUUCAUCGCUCCAGACGUGCCCAACAGUUUUCGCCAGUGCAGUCAUUUUCGGUUCUCAUCAUUUUUCUAUUGAACUUCCAUUUGAACUGAGGAGUUUUUUGACUUUUUUAACCAACGGAAGUAGAAGGUGAUAUCUUUAUGUAUAUAGUAUUUUUUACGUUUAUAAUGAUGUUUAUGUAUUCAUCGAAACUCAUGAUAUUCACGACUAUGAAGGACGAAUUUUUCCGUUUGGUUGUUACAAACACAUGACCCUGUAUUUUCCGAGUAAUGGAGUAUGCAGGUAACCUACUUAAUACAUGGUAGUUUCUUUUCCGAAUUUUCUUUUACAACUUCGAAUUAAAAUUUGAAAAAAGUUUGAGCAAAAAGCGGCUGUGGAUUCAAAUUCGGGUGGAGAAUAUAUUUUUCAAGCAAUUUGUAUUAUGAUUUUUAAACGUUAAACUUAAAGUGCUUUCUUCCACGUUUAUCAUUUAUACAAAAUAAAGGCACAUUUCGUGUUUUUCAGAUACCUGACGGGUGUGACGUCACCCGGUUGCUACUACAUAAUGUCGGCACAGGUAGACGACGAUCAACCCAAAGAACAGCAGCGGAUUUUGGUGGCCGACCGUCGGACGGCCGUGGAGGAACUCUGGGAAGGACAACUGCCGUCGGAGAGCGACUGGGCGUCGACUGCGCAGUUCAGCGACUUGCAGCCCUCAAAACAGCUUCCGGCGGUCCGCUUCACCUCUGCUCGAGAUUGGGCGCGAGAUUAACUUUCGACAGCUUGAAUGCUUUCCGUUGAACGAAUGAAAUAGAAAUUGAACUGAGUUCUAAUUUGCCCGAAAAGUUUGUGCCCAAUCUCGGCUGAUAGAAACGAAGUUUCUCUCUUUUUUCUUUCAGGUUCUGGAAAAGUUAUGCGACCAACAGACCGCCGUUUUCGUCAGCGAGUCUGCGAGUUCUGCGAUAUCUGCUAUUGUAGGCAAAAAAUGCUUCUCCCUCCGAAGUCUUGCGCCAUUUGUACGUUUCGUUCGUCCGAAUUUUUUUUUCAUUUAUUUUGCUCCCUUUAUUAAUAGCAAAUUUUCGAGAAAGAUAGUUUACUGCACUUUUUACUCUGAACUUUCGAUUGACUUGUGUAUACUUCAGGUUGACCAGCUUCGAUUGACAAAAUCUUCCAGUGAAAUGGACUCAAUGAGAGACGUCUGCACUUUGGGAGCACAGGUUGAAUUAUUUAUUUUUUCUUUCGAAUUUUUCUUUUUGAUCGUUUCCUUAUUUGAAGUGAAAUGAAAUAAUUACCAAAAAUAGAAAAGCGACAGAAAUUUCGCUUGCAGACAAUGUGUGCGACGAUUGCUAGCAGUAGAAAUACUCACAUGGAGAAUGCUAUUGUUGGAUUAUUGGAGUAUGAGGGCCGCAGGUAUGAUGAAAAUUUUAUAACGUCCUUAGUUACUGUUGCAAGGAAUCUGAAUCAAUCAUUAAAGUCCUUUCUUAAAGCCAUUGGUGGGAUAAUCGUGGAAAAAUUUUUUUUUUUGCAGUUCCAGGAUUUUUUCCGAGUUAUCAGCACAAGUAGGACCGGCUCUGCUCAUUAAAAGAUAUCUUUUUAGUAGUCAGUUUUCAAAUUCCUUUAAAAAAAUCUAUAGGCCGUAUUCAAAUGCAAUAUCUCUUAGUAUGCAGUUGUGAGUUCAAAAAAGAGUUCAGUCAGAAGUGAGCGAGCGAAGAUAAUCAUCAUCAAUAUUUAUUGGUUGUUUUAGUCAGAUGAUGGGGAAAUACUUUGUCCACUUGAACUGCGACUUGAGAGUUCGAAUUUUGAUAUAUUUUUGGAUUGAAGGAGAGGCUCCGAGAAGCAGGCCUAUCCUCCAGUCGUGGCUUCGGGUUCUCGCGCCAACACCAUUCAUUACCUCGAGGCCAACAACGACAUCCAUCCCAAGUAGGACUUGCAGAGAUCUCGAGUGACUAUUCUCAUUCAGCGACUGCGUUUUGGUCGACGCGGGCUGUGAUUUGAAUGGCUAUGUGUCGGAUAUUACAAGAUGCUUUCCGAUUUCAGGAAAGUGAGUUGGUUUUUUUUCGAAAAGUACAUUUUUUCAACUGAUAAUGUCUCUAAUAAAUUUUUAGUGCAUAAAUCAAAAUCAUAUUUUAUAAUAAAUUUAUUUUACAUUUACGGAACUCCCGCCCUACUAAGAAAAAAAGGUUCUUUUUAUGAGGGGGGAAACCAUAAGAAGUCUUACGAGAAAAGUUAAUCGUGCAGAUUAAUAUCACAAUUUUCUAGCUGGAACGAUCAUCAAAGGUCAUUGUACGAGGCUCUUUUGUUCUGUCACGAGCAGCUCAUCGAAUAUGCGGCUUCAAUGGAGAAGGUGAACAAAUUGCAUCUCGCAAGAAUUAUCAGAAUUGAAGGUGCGACUGAGUUAUCUUUAUCGGAGAAUGAUGGAGCUGCUGGCUGCUAGCAUGGGCGAACUGGGGCUGAUUCGUCAAGGGGAUAACGCCUCCAUGCUCAAGGUUCCGGGUGACCUCAGCCGAGUGUUGAAGGACUUUUGAGGCGGCCGAAAUGCUCUGUCCGCACCACGUCAGCCAUUAUCUGGGAAUGGACGUGCACGACACGCCGUCCGUCAGUCGCGACAUUGAGUUGCCGUCCAACGUUUGCUUCACCAUCGAGCCUGGUCAGUCUCGUAGCUCCUAAUCGACUUGCCGAAACAUCUGAAGCUUCCCUUUGUUGAAAAGAGCUCAGCUAAAUGUUUGAGAACGUUUUUUUGACGGAAACCUCACUUUGCACAUUCUGUCUUAACAUUCUGAGAAAUGAGAAACGAGUUGAGGCGUCUACGUACCGCUGGACUGGCCCAGAAAGGAAUGGCGCGGGAUCGGCUUCCGAAUCGAAGACGACGUUGCAACGCUAGCGGGAGGCGGCUGCGAACUUCUGACAUCAUCUGUUCCACGGUCGACCCAACACAUCCAACAGCUCAUGAAUCAAUGGCACUAA